CUGAGGACCGUCUCUUUUCAGACAUCCUCAGACAGUGGAAACUAGUGAAUAGGGCCACUGUUAAUUACGUAUCAGCUGCAAAGUGAAUGUAUUUUAAUGCAAGUUCGGGGUGCGGCAACAUUUUAUUUAUAUAUUUAAUCUUACCUCUUAGCAUAAGAGAAAGGGAGUGUUUUAUAAAACGAGAAAUUAAAGUGGAUUGGGUUCGGUGCUUUUUAUUACAAAUAUUAGUCUAUCUAUAAAGUACUGAAGGACAUUUAACGUGCUUACAUUGGUGCCGAAAAUGCACAUCAACUCCAUUUUAUUUUCUGCUGUAAUAAUGGCAGCAGUGUCACUGAUGUUGACCACUGCAGCUGCUGCUGACCCGAGGGAUUUCUGUUUCUGGACUAAAGUCACGUCGAACGGUGAGACCCAUCUCAGCUUUCUCCGACACCACAGCGAAACUCACCACGCCUCCUCCUCAUCCCUCCAUCUCUACCACAGUGUGUGGUCGUUGGGGAAUAGACUGGUCAACUGCGCAGUGAGUGACGACACGGCCGUUACAGACAGCUACAUGUCUGUGUGUCGGGAGAAGAACACCACAGGAGAGUUCUCUGACUGUCCUUGUGAACGUUUUGAUGUCAGUGCGCAGUCUGAACUUGAAAGCCACUGCGCUCCUGUUAGCUCUCCAACGGUUACCCAGCGCGAAGCCGUUGGAGAUGCCUCUGAGGAACAUAGAGAGACAAGGCGUAAGAGGCACGCACGGAGCGUUAUUGAUGAUAUAGCGUUCCAGAAUCCUCUUGGAGACGGUGGUGACAGUUCCAGGGAUGAGACGCAAACCCAUCGGCGCGUAAAACGUGGUCUCAUCGUGCCGGGAACGCUUUGGUGCGGCUCAGGGAACAAGGCGGAGACCUAUGACGAUUUAGGUGUGUUUGCAGAGACAGACAGUUGCUGCAGGGAGCAUGACCAAUGUCAGGACACCAUCCUGUCAUUCGAGACCAACUAUGGAGUUUUCAACACAAACAUUUUCACCCUGUCCCACUGCCACUGUGAUAACAGGUUUCACCAGUGUUUGCUGGAGGCUGAGGACAGUAUUUCUGACACAGUGGGAUACGUCUUCUUCAACCUGCUGAAGAUGCACUGCUUUGAGUUCUCCCACAGACUACAGUGCUCUCAGAGGAACUGGUUUGGCAUGUGUCAACAGUAUGAGAUGUCUCUGUAUGCUGUGGUCCAUCCUCCCACCUUCUACAACUCCACCCAGCCAGACCCUGACUUAGAGGACGAUGACAUGGCUGACAAUACCACCACUACCAUCUCCACCUCCUCCUCCUCCUCCUCCUCCACUUCCAACUCUACCACCUCCAUCUACACCUCCUCUACCUCCCUCUCCACAUCUCCCACCACCUCCAUCUCCAUCUCCAUCUCCACCACCUCUCCCUCCACCUCCUCUACCUCCAUCUCUUCCUCCACCAUCUCUACCUCCAUCUCCACAUCUCCCUCCACCACUUCAACCUCUCCCACCACCUUUCCCUACAUUGCCACUUCCACCUCUCCCUCCACCUCCACCUCUCCCUCCACCUCCACCUCUCCCUCCACCCCUCCCUCCACAUCCACCCCCACCACUCCUUCCAGUGCUGCCCCAGCAGACCUCACCCCAGGGGGUCAGAGUGGAACACCAGCCUCUGGCUCGCCUUUCAUCCACCCUUACCCUGGAGAGGACAAUAUGGUUGCCAAUACUUCCCCCACCUCCACCACUGGCACUGCUACUGCUAUAGGGACCCAGAGUAGCACCUCGGGACUAGAAACCUCAGCCUCGGGCCCAGCAUUGGCUUUGGCCUCGCCAGCUGAACCCACCCACCAUACUGGCCUGACUCUGCCUAAGUCUAACCAGGACGCAGCAAGCACAGGGAAGCAGCAUGUGUAUGUGUGUGAUGUAUACAGAGACCUGGAUGACUGCAGGUUUAAGAUCCCUGCUCACCAGAAGAGAUACAGCCUCCUCAACCCAGAACCCAGGACCCUCUUCCACUGCAACUGUACCAGCAGACUGUCUGAGGUUCUGGUUCAGCAGAAGGAGAUAUCUCGGGUUCAGACUAUCCUGUUGAAGUACAUCUCUCUGUCCUGCUUCACAUUACAGCCACAGGUCUGCACACAGGGGACAAGCUGCUCGGCUUCUCUGGUCAAACCCUCUCCUGCUCAGCUGGAGCAGCAAAAGAUCAAUGGUGGAGGCAUGGAGGAGUGGCGCCAUCUACCGGCCGCUGGCCACAACGGCAGGAGGCCCAAAUCUAGAUGGGCCAAACGCAGACUACACAAACUCUGCAUCAGGAUGACCAGGAAGCACAGUCAAUGUGCUUUAGUAGAAGAUGCAGUGCCAAUGUGAUGCAAUGUUGCCUGAUCUAUUUAGCCAUCCCAUUUCCUCCCCUAUGGGAUAUAGAUACUAUUUAUUUUAGUAAUUGUAAAUCCAGAUGAAUCCAGAGCUGCUUAUAGUUAGUGCAUUCACUUUAAGAUAGCUAGGUGAGACAUCCACAUCAGCAAACUCAGUGCAAGUAGGAAAAAAGACAAGUGCAAGUUUUUGUUGUUGUUGGAGGGAUAAUCUACUAAUAGCAGUUGUAAAUAGUGAUAUGUGUAUCAGGGCCUUACUGCUGAAAAGGAAAAACUCUGUUUCAAGUCCUGAAUGUAAAUAUCUAAGCUACUGUACUAUAGUGUAAAAUACUUUUUUUUUUAAACUACUGUCUAUGCUCAGCAUUCAUUAUUUUUUAUCUUACUGCAAAUUGUACAUAUAAGUUACUUGUAUAGAAACACAUAUCAUUAUCAAAGACAAACAGUGUUUGCAUUUAAUGUUUUUAUUCAUUUGUUUACUCUGUAAUAAUCCAGACUGUAUCACAACCUGCCGUGAUUGGGAGUCCCAUAGAGCGGCGCACAAUUGGCCCAGCGUCGUUCAAGUUCGACCGGUGUAGGCCGUCAUUGUAAAUACGAAUUUGCGCUUAACUGACUUGACUAGUUAAAUAAAGGUUCAAUAAAAUAAAACAUUGCUUUUUAAAAUAAACACUUUGACAGAGCCUGUAUGCUAUUUCUUACUGUUGUCUUUACAAUGCUGUCAAUUUGAUGACACAUUAAACUACACUAUA